AUGUACUCUCUCUGUAUAUAUAUGAAAAUUUCUGUAAAUUUCAUUAUUCAAGUAUUUUUCUUACCAUUUGCAAAGUAGAAUAACUAUAGAAGAGGCGGCGGGGAUGGGGAAUUGCUGUUCCGACGUGGCCGGUGCCCAGUCGGCCAUCGGAGGUACCGCAUCAUUUCACACCAGCUCAGCAGUCAACGCUCCGAACGAGGCCGUGGAGGCCUUCCUAAAUUCUCGUGGUCAUCAGCUCCUCUACUCUCAGAUCGAGCUGUCUUUAUCUGCUUCAAAUUUGCGUGACCGGGAUGUGCUCUCAAAGAGUGAUCCUAUGGCAGUUCUCUAUAUUAAAGGAAGAGAUGGUUCACUUCAGGAGCUUGGUCGCACUGAAGUAGUUUUAAAUUCAUUGAAUCCUAAGUGGAUCAGAAAAUAUACUCUUACAUAUCAAUUUGAGAUGGUGCAGUAUUUGGUGUUUCGUAUCUAUGACGUUGACACACAGUUUCGCAAUACUGAUGUCAAGGCGCUUAAGCUGGAAGAGCAGCAGUUUCUUGGUGAGACUACUUGUGCAUUGUCACAGAUUGUCACAAAAUCAAACAGGUCUUUGACCUUGGAUCUUGGACGUGGAGAACCAUUUUCCACUCCAGCCCAUACACAAAAGUUUGGCCAACUCACUGUUUAUGCUGAAGAAAGUGUGGCAGCAAAGACUACAGCAGAGUUGAUAUUAAGAUGUUCAGACUUAGAAUCGAAGGAUUUGUUCUCAAAAAGUGACCCCUUUCUGGUGAUAUCAAAACUCACAGAGACCGGUAUUGCUGUUCCAAUCUGCAAAACUGAAGUUUUGAAAAAUGAUCGCAGUCCUAAAUGGAAAUCAAUUUUCUUAAAUAUUCAACAAAUUGGAAGCAAGGACAGCCCAAUAAUCAUUGAGUGUUUUGAUUUCAAUAGCAAUGGAAAACAUGAUUUAAUUGGAAAAGUUCAGAAAUCACUGGCAGACUUGGAGAAGCUACAUUCUGUUGGCAUGGGAGAAAAUUUGUUCAUCCCAGUGUCUGUUGGGCAGAAUCAUCAAAGCAAGGUAUUAAAGAGUCAAUUGUUUGUGGAUACAUAUUCAGAGAAGAUCCAGUAUACUUUCCUUGAUUACUUGGCUGGAGGUUUUGAGCUUAACUUCAUGGUGGCUAUUGAUUUUACUGCUUCGAAUGGUAAUCCCCGCUUACCUGAUUCGUUGCACUAUAUUGAUCCUUCAGGACGGCCAAAUGCAUAUCAGAGAGCAAUUUUGGAGGUUGGAGGAGUAUUGCAGUUUUACGAUUCAGAUAAAAAAUUUCCUGCUUGGGGUUUUGGAGCACGGCCAAUUGAUGGACCAGUAUCACAUUGUUUUAACUUAAAUGGAAGCAGUAAUUACUGUGAGGUUGAUGGAAUCCAGGGAAUUAUGACGGCAUACACAAGUGCCCUUUGUAAUGUUUCGCUGGCAGGACCAACAUUAUUUGGACCAGUGGUUACCAAUGCUGCAUUUAUUGCCAGCCAAUCUGUAGCCAAUAACGAAUGGAAAUACUUUAUUUUGUUGAUAAUUACGGAUGGAGUGAUAACUGAUCUCCAGGAAACGAAGGAUGCCCUUGUUAGUGCAUCUGAUCUGCCUCUGUCAAUACUUAUUAUUGGGGUUGGAGGAGCUGACUUCAAAGAAAUGGAGAUUUUAGAUGCAGAUAAGGGAGAGCGACUGGAAAGUUCAACUGGACGAGUUGCAUCACGUGACAUAGUUCAGUUUGUCCCAUUCCGAGAAGUGCAUAGUGGAGAUAUCUCUGUCGUUCAAUCACUUGUAGCAGAACUGCCUUCCCAAUUUUUAGCAUACAUGAGAGCCAGAGAUAUAUCUCCAAAUAAGUAAUAAAUAUUGGAACUGUACAUAAACAAAUUAUUUCUCCUGUUAUUUUUGGCACCAAUUAAAUAUACUUUUUUUGGGACCCCUGAAGCACCAGCUUCAACAAAUUUAGUUCCUGGCGAUGUCUUUUUCGUCUUGCCGGGAUGAACAUGCUCGUAUUUGUUCAUAAAUCAUAACAAUUUUCUGUGUUCAUUAUCUUUGGAAAUGAUUGGAAAAAUCUUAUAUGUUUCAUCAGAAAUUCUAUAAAUUCUCAAGCUGUUGAUUUUGAA